CCCGGACCACUUCAGGCACGAGUCGCGUGGCGAGGGCCGGCGGCAGCGGCACAAAGUUGGGGGCCCGCGAGGAUGAGGCUGUCCCCGGCGCCCCUGCGGCUGAGCUGGAGUCCGGCGCUGCUGGCCCUGGCUCUGCCCCUGGCCGCGGCGCUGGCCUUCUCCGACGAGACCCUGGACAAAGUGUCCAAGUCGGAGGGCUACUGCAGUCGCAUCCUGCGCGCCCAGGGCACGCGGCGCGAGGGCUACACCGAGUUCAGCCUGCGCGUGGAGGGCGACCCCGACUUCUACAAGCCGGGAACCAGCUACCGUGUGACACUUUCUGCUGCUCCUCCCUCCUACUUCAGAGGAUUCACGUUAAUCGCCCUCAAAGAGAGCAGAGAGGGAGAUAAGGAGGAGGACCAUGCUGGGACCUUCCAGAUCAUAGAUGAAGAAGAGACACAGUUUAUGAGUAACUGCCCUGUUGCCGUCACUGAAAGCACCCCACGCAGGAGGACGCGGAUCCAGGUAUUUUGGGUAGCGCCACCAGCAGGAACAGGCUGUGUGAUUCUGAAAGCCAGCAUCGUACAGAAACGCAUUAUUUAUUUUCAAGAUGAGGGCUCGCUGACCAGGAAACUUUGUGAACAAGAUUCCACGUUUGAUGGAGUAACUGACAAGCCAAUCUUAGACUGCUGUGCCUGUGGAACUGCCAAGUACAGACUCACAUUUUAUGGGAAUUGGUCAGAGAAGACACACCCAAAAGAUUACCCUCGGAUGACUCUGUCUUGAUAACCAGACCUUGUCAUCAAUCCCAGAGAAGAUUCCUCACAUCAGUGCUGACAGAUGCCAAGUCCCCGCUCCUUUAUUAAUUAGUCUUCCAAAACACCACUUUCCCCGCAGGGAUCUUAGGACAGUGGUUCUCAAGCUUUUUAAUCUCAAGACCCCUUUUACAUGCUUAAAAAUCACUGAAAACUCCAACAUAAUUUUGUUUUAUAUGGGUUAUAAUUAUCAAUGUUUACCAUAUCAAAAAUUGAAGCUGAGAAAUUUAAAAAUAUUAUUUAUUAGUUAAUUUAUAAAAGUGACAUAUAACAAAAUAA